UUCUUUUGUGUUUCACUUCCCAUAAAUGAAACAUUUUGUACUUUCUUCUUCUUCUUCGUUUUCAUUAGUUGCUGAGAAAGGAAAGAAAACAAUUUUUAAAGAGAAAACUAUCCUGAAAAAUACCAAUGUUCAGGACAAUUCGUGCAAGUUUCCGGGCAUUUAGCACAAUAGGAGUCGUGCAGAGUCGAAAAAGGAACGCAUGGAGAUACCCCGCGGGUUUUUUCCUCUUGGGCACCGGUGCCGCAGUCUGGUGGACAUCAAAGAGUGUUCAUGCAGAUCGGCGAAAGCAGAAAAUUAAUCCCAGUCACUUUAUGGCCUUGCCAAUUACGAAUGUAGAUAAAUUGGAGAAUAAUCCGGAUGAUAUGAGAACCCGGAUGGAAUUGAUGAUUAUGCGGGUACAGGCUGACUUCUGUCGUGCCCUGGAGGCAGAAGAGUUUGCCGGGAAGCGCUUUACGGUGGAUAGAUGGGAGAGGAAUGAAGGUGGUGGGGGGAUAACGUGUGUCCUGCAGGAUGGAGAAGUUUUCGAGAAGGCAGGAGUUAAUAUUUCCGUUGUGUCGGGAAAUCUUCCUCCAGGAGCUGUCCAGCAGAUGCGUUCUCGAGGGAAGAAACUAUCCGACGGGCCAUUGCCCUUCUUUGCUGCCGGAGUGAGUGCUGUCAUUCAUCCGAGGAAUCCUCUUGUGCCCACAAUUCACUUCAACUAUCGCUACUUUGAAGUUGAGGACUCUACGGGGGAGAAACAGUGGUGGUUCGGUGGUGGGACUGACUUAACGCCCUACUACCUCAAUGAGGAGGAUUCUGUGCACUUCCACAAGACCCUCAAGGGAGCCUGUGAUGAGCACGACGCCACGUACUAUCCACGCUUCAAGAAGUGGUGCGAUGAGUACUUUCACAUUCCCCACCGGAAGGAAUGUCGCGGAAUUGGAGGGAUUUUCUUUGAUGAUCUCGAUGAACCUUCCCAGGAUGAUGCCUUUGCCUUUGUUUCCUCAUGCGCCAACUCCGUUAUUCCCAGCUACCUGCCAUUGGUGAGGAAGCACAAGAAUGACGCCUACGGUGAUCCCCAGCGCACCUGGCAACUCCUCCGACGCGGAAGGUACGUCGAAUUUAACCUCAUCUACGAUCGUGGCACAAAGUUCGGUCUCCACACGCCUGGAGCACGUUUCGAGAGCAUCCUCAUGUCCCUACCACUCACAGCACGGUGGGAGUACAUGCACGAACCGAAAGCCAAUUCGCGCGAAGGGCAACUCAUGGAAGUGCUGAAGAAUCCACGAGACUGGUUGAAGCUGGAGCAGAAACCCUGAUCGCAGCUGGCACUCUCCAUGUCCAGCUCAAUGACCAAUUGAGUGGAAUUUGAGAGAGAAAUUUGUGCCCAGAAAAUCCUCCGAUUUACCUUGAAAAUGCUCUGGGAUUUACCGGAAAUGUAAGAUAAAAUGUGCAAAAUCAUCUCUGCUGGACGGGAGAUGCAAAAGAAAAUGUUGGAAAUUUUUUUAUAAAUUCUAUUUUCUCUCUAAAAUCAUCCUGUUGUGCCUCUGGUGUCCUAUUGUACAUAAUAUUCCUAUUAAAUUCCUAUAAAUUCAUUCAAAUAAAAUGUUGAAGAAAAUUAGAA